AUGAACUGCCACGCCGACCACAGGUGGGCCAAGUUCCUGGGCAAGUGCAAUGCGGUGAGCGAGGCGCUGAACAAGUGCCUGGGCGCCGAGUUCGAGGUGCGGCGCAAGCAGCAGCUGAUCGAGGCGCGCGCGCGCAAGGCGCUGUUCAAGGAGCAGAUGGACCGGCUGAAGGACGACGACGCGCAGCAGCGGGCCAGCGGGAGGGGCGUGAUUUUAGGGAUUUGGGAUUAG